AUGAGGGUCAUCCCUGGUGAGACGGCGCUCUGUGGCCGAGUGUACAAGGACUGGUUAGCAAACAAUGGGCUUAAUGACUCGAUUCCGGAACCUGUCGACCUCGUACCAGUCGGCCUACGAAACGUUCGAAACGUGUGCUUUUUGAACGCAAUCUUGCAAUGUUUAUAUUAUACGCCAAUGCUGCGAAGAAGCCUUUCGCUGGCUUUUGAAAGUGCCGUGGUGAAGGACGAGUGGCUCGUGGCAUUGCGCCAUCUUUUCAAAGAACUUGACUCAUCACGUUCCUCGAAAGCUUGUGUGGCGGCAACCCGAAUGGCGUCAUUGAUGCAAUCAGCAUCCACCAAUGGCGAAUUUCAACAUGGCGAACAAGCCGAUGCCCAUGAGGCUUUUGUGCUGAUCAUAUCGAAGCUCCUGGAGGGCUGCAUCUCUGCAAGAGGCCUGUCCAUUGCGGAGAAAGAGCAGCUUGAACAAAGCAGCUUGAUAGGACAUAUCUUCAGCAUGAUGCUGAACCAGUCCGUCACGUGCAAGACAUGCAAAGACAAAUCCUCUUACAGCCGAGCAGAGUACUGUUUCUGCGUCACCUGCCCGUCCUUCACUGACAGAAUGAGAACACGAGACAGGAAAAACGUCGUGGACGUGAAGGAGCUUUUGUCAAGCUUUACCCAAGAGGAGCACAUCAGUGAGUGGAAGUGUGAGAAGUGCUCAUCCAGCGGCUGCGUAAGGCAGGCUGGAAUUGCCCGACCUCCUAACGUCCUGUUGGUUCACAUCAGUCGAAUUCAACAAGGAUGGGCUCCUCAAGUGACGGUCGACAGAGACCUUACAAUCCAGUACGAUGGUUCUUCAGCCAAUACUCGGCGCAAGGUGCGCUACUUGCUCUUUGCAAUGAUAGUGUACCGCUCCAUGGGAGCAAACGGUGGCCACUACUUUGCUUUCGUCAGAGCUGGUCGAGGUCAGCGUGAGCAAUGGUACUUGGCAGAUGAUGACGAAAUCAGGUCGGUCUCAUUCGCUGAUGUGCAAAGAGAAGAACCUUUCAUGCUACUUUACGAAGCACAGAAGAUGAUCCCACCUGUCGAGACGGAUGCAGAAAAAAAGCUUCUCGAGGCGGAGUUGGUGCAGGCUAGUGUGAAAGCCCAGGUGCAAGCUCGGGCGGCGCAGUCCACCGGCUUGCUGGUUGAGCAAGCCAGGGCUCCUGCGAUCUACACCCAGGUAGAUGACAGCACAAGGUCUAGUGGAAGACUUGAAAUGGAAGAGGCAUGCGCAAAGAUGCUGGAGCCGGAGGAUGCCUACACACCUGGGACGGACAUGUCUUCCACCACAGCGGGUUCAGAGGGCAGGUCCCGGUUGGACGAGCACGUCUUCGUACGAACUCAACCAGACUACGAACGCACUGUUGAUUUCGACAGGUGGUCUUUCUUUAGCUCCUGCCGCUGCAGCUUGCCAUAUGCAGAAUACUCUGAGGGCUUUGAAGAUGAUCGACUUCACUGUAUGUAG